AUGACUUCUUGCACGAUCCUAGCAUUCCUGAGCUGUUCGUCUGCCUAGCGUCCAUCAAGCCCUCGUGUCCUCAAUUACGGUCUGGAAUCCAGCUAAGUCCAAGAUCUCAUUUCGUGUCACGACACAUCAUCAAUGUUUACGAAGAUGAAAAAUCUUCUCGCAUUAUACAUCUAGUUAGCUGUGUAACAAGAGCGCAGGUAUUGGCGAAGUUUAUAGCUGAGUAGGUGCACAUAUUUGGAGGAAAAUAUGCAGUUGCUUCUGUUGGUAUUCCUGUGCAUUUGUGGACUAAGCUGGGGCCAAAUAGACUGGGGUCCAGGCGCCUGCGCCCAGAUGGCCAAGGCCUGCUGGCCCCUUCCGAAGGGCGCUCAGGGACCACCCGGACCGCCAGGCGAGGCUGGUCCAGCCGGGCGUCGAGGGGCACCAGGUCCACCCGGUCCCCCCGGCCCUCGGGGGUAUCCUGGUAGAGUCCUUACACCACCACCAGGACCUCCAGCUCCGAAAGGAGAUCGCGGUGAACCCGGGUAUCCAGGAGAACCCGGAGAAGGUGGAGAUGUCGGGUUCCCCGGUGAGCGGGGACUUCGAGGGUUUGGGGGAUUUCCGGGAGCUAAGGGUCACAAAGGGAAAGAAGGUGAUACAGGAUUACCGGGAAGACGGGGGCCCCCGGGAUCUAGCAGCUCAAAUGCCCGCGAGUGUAUGUGGAAGAUGGAUGACGGCAAGGAUAGAGGAGUUAUAGUGAACUGUACCAUCCAAAAGACGUCCUCUUCCACCGCCAUUCACGUGACCUACAACGGACCAAUAGAAAUCGGCCUCUGUAAACGUUGCUGCAAGCGUUGGUUCUUCACGUUCAAUGGUCAGGAAUGCCGCAGCCCUGCGCCUAUCGACGCCAUAAUGUCAGGGGGGCUACGACCAGACUACCCUCAUUACCAGUAUGGGAGGGUGGAGGGAAUCUGCCAGGUCCCUUUUCCCGCGGGAUAUCUGCGGGUUUCAUUGAAUUUAGAGAAUUGUAAGGGCUUUCAGGAUUCGGAUGUCCCCAUAAAGGUCUCCCUGUAUAAACCGAAUGGAUUGGUUACAUUACAUGAAAUAGUACCCCCGCAGUAGCUAGGGAAUAAUAAAUUGAUGACGAAAACUCUA